AGCUUUUUUCGUCCGUAUCGAUCAUUCCUAUGAGAUUCCUCACACAGUUCAUCCUGCUGUUCACGAUACCCUUUCUUUUUGGCAAGUCAGUGAGCACUGAUAUUAGUCCCGAAGUUUGGUACUGUAACAACACUCUGCUCAAGCAAACUGUUGCAAGGGCAUUGUCGAAUGAUGCAGUCAAUCAAAAUAUAGAUGAAAUACAAGCCUAUCUGGAGAAUUCACUCCUGGCGUAUUUCACCGAAACCAACGGAAAAUGGCUAAUAAGUGUAAGCAAAUUUCAUCGUGUGAGUGGCUAUAUCGAUGAUGCCGCAGCGAAUUCGAAGACGUUUUGUGCUAUAAAUGACAGCUCGCUGGAAGUUUACGUCGUUGUCAUGAGAGUUGAAUAA